AUGCAUUGCGUUCUUUUGUACAUCCCUCCCAGGCACCUCAUUCUAGCCCUCACCCCUGCCACGCCAUCCCCCUUCCCUUGGCUGUUCGCUGCUGCCAUCACCUGCCCUUGCCACGCUGCUGCCAUCACCUGCCCUUGCCACGCUGCUGCCAUCACCUGCCCUUGCCACGCUGCUGCCAUCACCUGCCCUUGCCACGCUGCUGCCAUCACCUGCCCUUGCAACACCUGUUGCAGUGAAGGAGAAGUGAAGCGAUUCUUGGACGCACUCCCGAUCCAUUCCCUCCCUCCAUUCACUGCCCCCAUCAUCAGUCUGAGCAGCAUAGCCCAGGCGACAUCAUGUGUGGUGAAGGCACCCACACACUUCAACAAGAGGACUCAACCUCAUGCUGUCUUUGAGAUAUCAGGUGCAAGUGAGGAAGCAGUAACAGCAGCACUGGACCUUCUUGCUACUGAGCUCGCACAGGUGAUAGGCCAGGCGAUAGGCCAGGUGAUAGGCCAGGUGAUAGGCCAGGCGAUAGGCCAGGUGAUAGGCCAGGUGAUAGGCCAGGUGAUAGGCCAGGUGAUAGGCCAGCCGAGCAUCGCAUAUCUGAAAUGUGCCGCCAUCGAGAACCCACCGUUUACUCACCGCCUCUCUCACCGCCUCUCUCACCGCUUCUCUCACCGCCUCUCUCACCGCCUCUCUCACCGCCUCUCUCACCGCCUCUCUCACUGCCUCUCUCACCGCCUCUCUCACCCAUGUCGCCAUCGACAGCACUGCAGUGCGCUACUCGCCCUUCCUCUCCCUCAAUGCAAGCCCUCUCUCACCGCUGCUCCCACCCAUGUCUUCAUCCCCCCCCCCCCCCCUUCUCCCACUCCUCAGCAGGCCAUUGACAGCCCUGCAGCCAUCGACAGCCCUGCAGUGGGCUACUCGCACUUCCUCUCCCUCCCCCUCGCCUCGCACCGCCCGCUGGUGGCUCGCCUCAGUGACUUGCGCUCCUCCUUGCUGCAAUCGGUGGGCUUCCCCUCCACCCACGAGCACCUCACAGCGCCAGCUGUCGCUGCUGCUGGUAGCACUGCUGGUGUUGAUGGUGCUGCUGGUGAUGCUGCUACUGCUGAUGGUGGUGACAAUGCUUCUGGUGAUGCUGAUGGUAGUGCUACAAUAAGGGAGGGAGAGGGAGAAGGCGAUGUGGAGGGAGAAGGUGUGAAGGAUGAUUGUGCAGCAGCAGUCGGGGCGAGGGAAGGGAUAGAAGACUGUGGGGAGGAAGCGGUGGAAGGGGAAGGGAGAGCAGAUGCGAGUGGGGGAGAGGAGGGAACAGGAGGAAGUGUGAGAAGAGGAGGGGAGAGAGUGCGCGAUGGUGACGAUGCCGCUGCUGCUGCUGCCGAUCCUGUUACUGCAGCAGUGGGUGCUGCAGUUGGCGAUGCCUCCGCUGCUACAACUGCUGGCGGCGAGUCUUGUGUGUGUGCUGCAAGGGGGAAGGGUGGUGAAGAAGAGAGGGCGGCAGUUGCAGGGCAAGAAAGGGAGAGCGGAGAGGAAAAGUCUUGGGAGCAGCAGCCAGGUGGUCAGAGAGGGAAGGGAGUGAAGGACAAGUAUGGGGGCGUGCACCCGUCCAUCUUCAUCAACCCAGCCACCUUCCACCUCACCGUGCAAAUGCUCAAGCUCUGGUCGCCCCUCCGCGUGCAAGCAGCCGCUGACGCCCUGCAGGCGGCCAUGCCGAGAGUGCAAGAAGUGUUGGGCGACGCGCCUCUUGUCAUUCGCCUCCUUGGCCUCAAGUGCAUGCGGGGGCAUCCCUCCAAGGCGCAUGUGCUGUAUGCUGACAUGCAGGAGGUGGAUGGGGGCAACCGCCUCCGUGCCGUCUGCGAGGUUCUGAGGGCAGCGUGCAGGGAGGCAGGGCUAGUCACACCUAGGGACUGCCAUCAGCCGCUUAAGGUGGGCUGUGGAUUACCACUGGAUGAGCAUGCGGGGGCGUAG